CGGCACCGCCAGUCGGGGCAGAUCAUGGUGCUGAAGAUGAACAAGCUGACCAGCAACCGGGGCAACAUGCUGCGGGAGGUGCAGCUGAUGAACCGCCUCUCGCACCCCAACAUCCUCAGGUUCAUGGGGGUGUGCGUGCACCAGGGACAACUGCACGCGCUGACAGAGUACAUCAACGGUGGGAACCUGGAGCAGCUGCUGGACAGCCCCGUGCCCCUCUCCUGGUCCAUGCGUGUCAAGCUGGCCCUCGACAUCGCCCGUGGCCUGCGCUACCUGCACUCCAAGGGCAUCUUCCACCGUGACCUCACCUCCAAGAACUGCCUGGUGCGCUGCGAGGGCAACGGCUACACGGCUGUGGUGGGUGACUUCGGCUUGGCGGAGAAGAUCCCCACCUACAGCGAGGGCAGCGAGAAGGAGCCCCUGGCCGUGGUGGGCUCCCCAUACUGGAUGGCGCCUGAGGUGCUGCAGGGGGAGAUCUACAAUGAGAAGGCCGAUGUGUUCGCGUACGGCAUCAUCCUGUGCGAGACCAUCGCUCGCAUCCCCGCUGACCCUGACUACCUGCCCCGCACCGAGGAUUUUGGUCUGGACGUCACCGCUUUCCGUACCAUGGUGGGAAUCGACUGCCCGGUGGCCUUCCUCCAGCUCGCUUUCCACUGCUGCAGUAUGGACCCCACCUCCCGCCCCUCGUUCCUGGAAAUCACGCAGUGCCUGGAGGGCAUCCUGCAGCACCAGCUGGGCGCCGAGGGCGCCGGGGCCACCCUCUUCGGUGUCGGGGAGAGCCUGCCCACGCCUGGGAUGGCAGCUACGCUCAACGGGGUAGCCGGGAGGGUGUCCGGCCGUGCCGAGCAGUCACCCCUGCGCGAGCUGGGGACACAGCACCUGCAGCCAGACCAGCGCCUGUCCCGCAGCCAGUCCGACAUGUUCCCCCCCAAAUCACCCACCCUGCUGCGGCCACUGGAGCCUUACGGCGGGGCCAGGACCAAGGAGACGCUCCCCCGCGUCAACCCCUUCUCCCAGCGCGAGGACCUGAAGGGGGGGAAGAUCAAGCUCUUCGACACGCCGAGCAAGUCCGUCAUCUCGCUCACAUUCGACCUGCCGCCCCCGGCCCCGCUCCAGCUCAGCACCCCCGUGACGCCUGAGCCCGCCGUGGAGGUGCAGUGUGACUUCUCGGCCCCCACCGCUGCCCCCCGCAAGUGCCACUCGCUGCCCGCCUCCCCCGAGCUGCCCCGCCGGGGGGGCCUGGCACUGGGCAUGGGGUCCCCCCGUCCUGACGAUGGCCCCCAGCCCCCCGCCCUCCUUCCUCCUCCAGCUCGGGGGCAAGCCUCCCCUGCCAGCCCCGGGGUGGAGGAGCGGAUGGACUGUGGCCCCGACAGCCCUGAGCCGCCACAGCCCCCACCACCACCCCUGAACAGCAACUUCAUUCGCACAGCAUCCUCGGUUGCCCGGCCCUGGCAGCCGGAGCCGCAAGCCCCCAACGGGCUCCUCUUCAACAACAACCACGUGGUGGUCAGCAAACCCCUGGCCUGGGGGAGCGGGCUGGAGCAUGGAUUCUCCGAGCUCAGCAUCCCCUGCACGGCAGCGCUGGAGCGGACGGAGCGCACGGCCAUGCUGCCCGGGCACGGCUCCAGCGCCGUGCUGGAGCAGGACGAGGUGCUGCCCUGCCCCGGCUGCUGCCUGGGUCCCUUCAGCUUCAGUUUCGCCUCCGUCUGCCACCGGCCGGCACCCAGCCCGCCUCGCUACCAGAACCUCAACUGCGAGGCCAAGAGCCUCCUCUGCCACGACCGCGGACGCCACCAGAAAUCCCCAGGGCCGGUGCUGGCGGAGCCCAGCCUGAAGCUGCCAGAAGCACAGUCCUAG